AUGGCUUCCAUCUUUGUAUCUACUCCCUCUUCAUCUUCCUUGGCUCUCCACUCCUGUCACAGUUCACAUGUCCGUAGCAGUUACAGUCCAAUAUCUCCAAAGUUUGCGAAAACUGUGGUGAAGCGAAGUACAAGACGCAGCAGUCCAUUGAGGUUUUCUGCUGAAGAUGAUCGAGUUCGUGAACCUGCAAACGAUGCUUCCUCUCCGGUGGCGUUAGCAGAGGAGCACAAAGAAGAUCACUCCAACAACAAUGGUCCGCCUUCUCCGGGAAACACUGAUGAAGAAGAUGAAGAGAAAUCUAAGCAGCAAGAGAUGGAUUGGAAGACGGACGAGGAGUUCAAGAAGUUCAUGGGGAAUCCAUCAAUAGAAGCUGCUAUAAAGCUUGAGAAGACGAGAACUGAUCGUAAGCUGAAAGAGCUGAACAGAGAGAGCAAUAAUGAGAAUCCAAUCAUCAGAAUAUUCAACAGCUUGGCUCGUGAUAGUUUGGUCAGAGAGAAAGAAAGGCUUGAGAAGGCAGAAGAGGCUUUCAAAGCUCUUGAUCUCAACAAGUUAAAGAGCUGUUUUGGUUUCGAUACGUUUUUCGCUACGGACGUUCGUCGGUUUGGAGAUGGAGGAAUCUUCAUUGGGAAUCUGAGGAAACCCAUCGAUGAGGUCACACCUAAGCUUGAAGCAAAGCUCUCUGAAGCUGCAGGGCGUGAUGUUGUCGUCUGGUUCAUGGAAGAAAAGUCCAAUGAGAUUACAAAACAGGUGUGUAUGGUACAACCAAAAGCCGAAAUCGAUCUUCAAUUUGAAUCGACUAGAUUAAGCACUCCUUGGGGAUAUAUCGCUGCAAUCAGCUUAUGUGUUACAACCUUUGGAACUAUAGCUCUCAUGAGUGGCUUCUUCCUUAAACCUGACGCUACCUUUGAUGACUACAUUGCUAAUGUAGUUCCUCUCUUUGGUGGGUUCCUUUCCAUCUUAGGCGUCUCAGAGAUAGCAACCAGAGUAACAGCUGCACGACACGGUGUCAAACUAAGUCCCUCGUUUCUAGUGCCAUCGAACUGGACUGGUUGCUUAGGAGUAAUGAACAACUACGAGUCCUUGCUUCCUAAUAAAAAGGCGUUGUUUGAUAUCCCAGUGGCGCGUACAGCUAGUGCUUACUUGACUUCGCUGCUUCUUGCAGCUGCUGCGUUUAUAUCUGAUGGUAGUUUCAACGGAGGAGAAAACGCUUUGUAUAUAAGGCCACAGUUCUUGGAUAAUAACCCGUUACUUUCUUUCAUCCAAUUUGUUGUUGGUCCUUAUGCGGAUGAUCUCGGCAAUGUAUUGCCUAACGCUGUUGAAGGAGUUGGAGUUCCUGUUGAUCCUCUCGCUUUCGCUGGUCUUCUAGGUAUGGUAGUGACUUCACUGAACUUGUUACCAUGUGGGAGACUAGAAGGAGGUCGAAUCGCUCAAGCCAUGUUUGGAAGAAGCACAGCUGCAAUCCUCUCAUUCACAACGUCUCUCCUUCUCGCUAUCGGAGGUCUCAGCGGAAGCGUCUUGUGUUUAGCUUGGGGACUCUUUGCAACUUUCUUCCGUGGUGGUGAAGAAACACCUGCUAAAGAUGAAAUCACCCCUCUUGGUGAUGAUAGAUUCGCUUGGGGCUUAGUCCUUGGACUCAUCUGCUUCCUCACUCUUUUCCCCAACACUGGUGGUACUUUCUCCACUUCCUUCUUCAAUGGACCUUUCUUCCGUGGUGAUGGUCUCUAGAAACAAGUAUUGUAGAAAAAAAAAAACUCAAUUAUUAUUGUAGAAGGUUACAUUGUUGUAGCUAUGCUUUUUUGAACAUAACUUUUAAUGGAACAUCACUUAGAACAAGUCUUCUUAUCCCAUCUUGUACAAACACACCAACAUCUCUACACAUAACCUUGCAGAAGUUACAAACAGUUGGACAAAACACAAUCUUGUAAUCAUCUUCGUACUUCUCGAUCUUGAACCAGUUAUCAACCGUUGCCUGACCUGGAUUCCCUUCCACGCCACAAGCUGUAACAAACCACUGAUUCGUCGCUUCAUCGUAAUUGUCCAAGUUCCAGACCGAAGCCGAACAGAAUUUGAAGUUGAGAUCAGUUGAGACACGGAUGAUUCUUGAUUUAUCUGAUGGUGAGAAUGUUAAGGGUAGGCCUUGUGAGACUUCGUAUUGGUCUUGGAUAACGCUUUUAGGACAUGUUUUGUUUUCGGGUUUGGACAUGGUUAGUCCACCGCCGCGACCGCGAAGAACAGGCAAGAUGUAGUAUUUGGUGCCUGAGAUGAGACGGCUACCGUAUAUGUCGGUUACGGGCUCGAGAGCAGCUUCCGUGGUGGCUCCGUGGUGGAUGAUAAAAACGGCUAAGAGGAGGAAGAUAUUGAGAAGUAGUGAUGAUGACAUUGUUGCAAGCUUUCUU